AUGGAAAGAAGCGCAUUUCUCAGAGCUUAUAUGAAGAUCACCGAGGGAAAGUUGUGUGUUAUUGACAGCCAGCUCUUGUUACCCCCUAAAUUGUCCUGCUUGGCAUCUACCCCCCGAACUUCCGAAGUUUUGGUUACUGUUAACCUCUUUACCCUAUUCACUCGUGCCUUGCAGGAGCUGCAGUACGCGUGGGGUUAUCCACCAGUGCAGUUUCAGCUUCAGGGGGCCAGUCCAGGCUUUCGCCUCUUUCCGGUCCCUGUCCCUGUCCAUUGGCUACGGGAUGAAAUGGACAUGGACGAGGAUGAUCAGCACGCCAUGACUGCCCUAUUCUUUCUCGUCUUCGCCAUCAGCAGUCAAUCGUGUCCCGAGGACCGCGAUGACAUUGCUGAAGAAUACUUCAAGUAUGCCCGGUGA